AUGGCAUUCAACUGUCCCUACUGUGGCCACAACGCGCAUUCUACCCCUAUGUAUAUGACAUGCGAGGAGAGUUUACUGUGUAAUCAGUCCACAAUCCAGUGCGGUCUAUCAGAGUCAGAUGCCUGGCUCCGGAGCCAAGAGGAUGAGCUCGUGGCUCGUUUUUCCGCCUACAGCAUAACGCAUCGAGUCGAGCAGCAAGGCCCUACGAAUGAUAGCAAGCCCAUGACCAAGCGUAUACAUUAUGCCUCUGCCGCAGCCCACAGUUUCCCCGUAUCGCCCUUCAGCGUCGAUGGCAACCAAAACAUCAACACAGGCCAUAAGGCUGCCUGGGCAGCGGAAACCGAUCCCAAAGCCCAUAGUUCACCAUCAGUAUUCCUACCAGCUUCGGUCGAUUCAUUUGACAUGCACAUGGAUUGUGAGCUAGAAACUUCUGAUGCUGCUGCAGACAGCAAACGUUGUAGCUUUGAUUCCGGGAUCAACGUUCAAGUGAGUACUAUCGAGAGCGUGAGACCUGUUGAGGCGCACGAUGCAGACGCGGAACCGUACAUGUCACUUGGAUACGAGCAAGGCCACGGAAACGGGGGCAACAUCAGCCAUUCCCACGACCAAAAUCUGGCUCGCGGUGCACAGCUGCCAGAAGAGCCUUCCACUGGGACGCCUUACACGCCGUGCAAAGAUCCCAUCUAUAAUGCACGGAGCUGGUGGGAAUAUGGCGGAGGAAGACAUGACUAUCGAUGGGACUGUCUGCGGGAGCGAGCUAUGUUAUAUGCCGUAGCAGAGUUGCGCGUAGAGAGAAAUCUCCGAUGGUCGUCGAUAAACGGCGCAAGUUCCGAGAUGCGGAGAGCAGGCGAUUGGGCCGAGGCCAUCCUGCGCGCCGCCAGCCGCCCGUCUUAUGUCGCGACGAGGUCUAUGGCCACCGUCCAGUCCGAUAUCUUCAAGCCCACCAAGUACGGCGGCAAAUACACAGUGACUUUGAUUCCCGGUGACGGAAUUGGUGCCGAGGUCGCUGAAUCAGUCAAGACUAUCUUCAAGGCGGACAACGUUCCCAUUGAAUGGGAACAGGUUGACGUGAGUGGAGUGGACGCUGGCAACAAACACUCCGAGGAGCUUUUCAGAGAGUCAAUCGAAUCGCUGCGGCGCAACAAAUUGGGUCUCAAGGGUAUCCUCCACACUCCUGUUGAGCGUUCCGGACACCAAUCCUUCAACGUUGCCCUCCGCCAGGAGCUCGAUAUUUAUGCUUCUGUCGUCCUUAUUAAGAACAUCCCUGGUUACAAGACACGACACGAGAAUGUCGAUCUUUGCAUCAUUCGUGAGAACACCGAGGGUGAAUAUUCCGGUCUUGAACACCAGUCUGUCCAAGGCGUCGUCGAGUCUCUUAAGAUCAUUACCCGCGCCAAGUCGGAGCGCAUUGCCAAAUUCGCCUUUGGCUUUGCUUUGGCCAACAACCGCAAGAAGAUUACUUGCAUCCACAAGGCCAACAUCAUGAAAUUAGCCGAUGGUCUUUUCCGCAACACUUUCAAGAAGGUCGCCGAGAGCUACCCUACAUUGGAGACCAACGACAUGAUUGUUGACAACGCUUCCAUGCAAGCUGUGUCUCGUCCUCAACAGUUCGAUGUUAUGGUUAUGCCCAACUUGUACGGUGGUAUCUUGUCCAACAUUGGCGCUGCCCUCGUCGGCGGCCCUGGUAUCGUCCCUGGCUGCAACAUGGGCCGUGACGUCGCCGUCUUCGAGCCUGGCUGCCGUCACGUUGGUCUCGACAUCAAAGGAAAGGACCAAGCCAACCCCACUGCUUUGAUUCUUUCUGGUUCUAUGCUUCUUCGUCACCUUGGUCUGGACGAGCAUGCCAACAGAAUCUCCAAGUCCGUUUAUGAUGUGAUCAGCGAAGGUAAAACAAGGACUCGCGACAUGGGUGGCGAGGCUACCACUCACGAAUUUACCCGGGCUGUUUUGGACAAGAUGGAAACUUUUUAA